AUGGGUAUCUCCUUGCGUAUGCUACUCGACAAGCGCGAGCCUUUCUUCCCCUACAGUCUCGCAGCCUUUUUUUGGAAAUUGCCGCUUUGCACCCUCCUCUACUACAAGGAGUGUGAGCAGAUCUGGCAAGCAGUCGGCGAAGCAACCUGGGUCGAGCUGGUCGCGUAUAAGGACGCCUUGGCACAGUACAACGCACAGAGGGAUGCCCAGCUACGCCAACAGUCAAGUUGGAACAUUCUCUCGUCCGAGAUGUGGAUCGCUUGGCGCGAGCAAUGGGCAACACGCAGCCGCGCUGGCAGCGACAGGAAUAAGAUCAUCCAAGACACGGGCAUAGGUGAGUGGCGUAUCGAAUUUAGUCCCGUUGCUAAGGCGGACCAGAAUAGCCCCAUUGACGUUCAAACGAGUGAUUUGUUAUUCUAUCCUCUCCAGCUCUGCACUGGACCCGCGAGCUAUACAUCAAGGAAUACAACUCCCGCCACCCCGAGCUCGACCCGCCGCUUCGCCGAUCCGACAAUCUCAACGAGCGCUUGCCGGACUUGCCUUCCAUCGAGCGCGAUCGCAGGGCGCUCAUGUUCGGUUCCAAGCCUUCCGCGGCUUCCGCGCCUACCCAAUCUUUUUUUUUUUCCUGAACUACGUGUACCCGAAACUGGCGCUUUCACCGAGGACGAGUUGCGACACCUGAGGAGUGAGUUUUCUCCACGCCUCUCCGCGUCUAUGUCACCCGGACAGACGCUCACCCGGCUCCCGUUGCUUUCCUCUCACGAUACUAGAGCGUGGAAUUCGGCUUGACGGGAGUGAGGAUAUCGAGUUCGAGAAUACGGUUGAUACGAGAGCGAUGAUCAUUCCGGAUGACUCCGAGAUCAUUGGGGUCCCUGCGCUGCUCCCUCCCUCGAGCGGUGGAUCGGGCCAUCCCCGACCCUGCCACCGAGCCCCAGCUGCUAGGAUGGAAGGGAAACGCGUAGUCCCUGUUUGA